AUGCUGAAUACAAGUAACGUUGCUCAUUCAAUUCUAACUGAAGAAAUUGAUAAUUAUAAUAGUAAUAAUAAUAAUAAUAAUAGUUUAUUAUUGAAUGAUUUAUCAUUUCAUAAUGAUGAUAUUAUAAAUGGUUCAUUACAUUAUGCUGUUUAUGAUACAGCUUUAUUUGAUGUACUAAAAGUUGAUCCAGAAGAUUUUGCUGAAUUAAUCAGUUGUAGUUGGAGUUCAAAAUCGAAACUAGAAAAAGCUUUUCAUAUAGUUCAAUUUACUCGUCGUUUCAAUCAAGUAAAUUUUUGGACUCAAGGUGAAUUAUUACGUGCUGAUAUACUUAAAAAUCGUAUUGAAAUUUUAUCACAUUUUAUUCGAAUUGCUAAAAAACUUUUUGAUUUCAAUAAUAUUAAUGGAUGUAUGGCUGUUGUUAUGGCUUUACAAAGUGCACCAAUUUAUCGAUUACAAAAAACUUGGAUGGGUCUUAGUAAACGUGAUCGUACAACAUUUUCAAAUUUAAAAGAAUUUGUAUCAUCAAAUGAAAAUUGGAAACGAUUAAGACAUCAUUUAAGUAAUACAAAGUUACCAUGUAUACCAUAUCUUGGUAUUUAUUUAACGGAUAUAAUUCGUAUUGAUACACUUCAUCCACAUCGAGGUGGACUUGAAACAAAUCAACGUAAAAAUGCUAUGAAUAAUAUUUGUCGAAUCAUAUCAGAAUUUCAACAAUCAACUUAUGAAUUUCUUAAACCAAUUGAAUGUGUACAAAAUUAUCUUGCAUCUGUACGAUAUAUGGAAGAAUUACAAACAUUUGUUGAAGAUCAAAAUUUUAAACAAUCAUUAAUCAUUGAACCAGAUGAUCAAAAUGAUUCAUGUUGUGAAAAAUUACAGAAAAAUUUAGAAAAAUCAGCUUCAUUUAAAAUUGUACAUGUUGAUACACCUUCAAUAUCUUCGCAUAGACGAACAUUAAGUGAUUUUAAUAAUUCAAAUUAUUUGUUAUCUUCCAGUAAAUCUGCAACAUUACCUUGUCGAACAAAUGAAAAUAAAAGUUUAUUAGAUGAUAGUGUACUUGGGGAUCCCGUAACUGAAGAAGCUUCAUCUAGUAAUGAAUCAUGUGAAGAAGAUAUUCUUAAAGCAAAAGAAUAUAUUAAAACUAAUAAUAAACAUCAUCAUAUCAUUCAAGGAAUAUCAUUAUCAUUAUCAUUAUCAUCAUUAUCAAUGAAAGAACCAUUAAAUCCAUAUAAUGAUUCAUUAAUACCAUCAAAUUAUAAUUUUCAAGGUUCGUUAGAACGUAAAUGUCUUUUAAAGAAUUAUAAAAAACCCAAUAUAUCAAAAUGGAAAAAAUAUUGGGUUGCUAUAUGUGAACAUUUAAUCUUUUUUCAUAAACAAAAAUCAUUUUUAAUAACAUUACCUAUACGUUUAAAUCGACAAACAUCUAUAAAAAAUCAUGAUGAUCUAUCAAUAAUACAAUCAACAUUAUCAAAUAUAAAUAUAACAAUAACAGAAACAGAUCGUUUAUAUUAUCGACAAAAUCCAUCAAAAUGUCAAUCAAUAACAGAUUGGCUUAUUGUACUUAGUCAAAGAAAAAAUCGAAAUGAAAUUCAAUUAAGUGAUUUGACUAAAGGAUCUAUGUAUAAAUUUAAAUUUGAGAAUGAAGCAAUUGCAAAUAUUUGGUUUCAACGUUUAAAAGAAGCAUCAACAUUUAAACAAAAAAAUGGUCAAUUAUCGGAAAAUUUAAUUGCAUUAGAUUAA